AUCCCGCGGCUCUUUAACGCCACUGGGCACGUCACGACACUCGGUCUCGGUCAGAUGCAGGAGAGCAGGGCAGCUCUCGCGCUGUUAUUUAUCAGAAUUAAGAGGCCUGAAACCCACCGGAGAGGCCUAAAAAGGUGGGCGGAAACACGAUGAGUAGGAAUAACGUGCUCCUGAAAGUGAUCCUGCUGGGAGACGGGGGCGUAGGCAAGUCCUCUCUGAUGAACCGCUACGUCACCGACCGCUUCGACUCGCAGUCCUUCCACACCAUCGGCGUGGAGUUCCUCAACCGAGACUUGGACGUGGACGGCCGCCUGGUCACCCUCCAGAUCUGGGACACGGCGGGUCAGGAGCGCUUCAAGUCGCUCCGCACCCCGUUCUACCGCGGCGCCGACUGCUGCCUGCUCACGUUCGCCGUCGACGACCUGCAGAGCUUCCUGAACCUCAGCUGCUGGAAGAAGGAGUUCAUGUUCUACUCCGACGUCAAAGAGCCGGAGCGCUUCCCGUUCGUGGUGCUGGGCAACAAGGUCGACAUGGAGCGGCGGGAGGUCGGGGAGGACGAGGCGCGGGCCUGGUGCGAGGAGAACGGCUGCUGCCCGUACUUUGAGACCAGCGCCAAAGACGACACCAACGUCGCGGCCGCGUUCGAGGCGGCCGUCAGGGUGGUUCUGGCCGCCGAGGACCAGAUCGGUCACGCACUGCUAGGCAGCACUAUUGAUCUUCACGGCAACCGCAAAGCCUCGCGCGGGUCCUGCUGCUGAUAGCGCAGGGGGGUACCGAACUGUCUGGCUGAAACUUGCCUGUUAGUUCUGACAACAGGUGCACUGUAGGUUUGAAGGUACAGCAUCCUGUAAGGAGCUAGAGCUGCUGUGAGGAGGGCGGUGUCAGGGAUUUCAGCUGCUGUCUCGUGAGCCGAGUCGUUGCUCCUCUGAAGGUACAGGCGUUCUGCGACAGGCGCGCUCCCCUCCUCUGCUUUGCCCGCUUUCCAGCGCUAUCUCCCAAGAUAUUCCAUCUUUUUUCUGCUUAUAUGCGAGGGUCGUAUCAAAUAACGGAAUGAAGUACUUUUUUUUUUUUUUUUUUUAAAUCGUCUCAUAUAGUGGAAGACAAAGUGUGUCAGUUGUCUCACAAGCACACGCUGGAAUCUAGUUGCUCUAUUUUCUGCCCCUGACGUGAUCAGGCAUGGGUUGGUUGUUGGCAUCGAGGUAAGCAUUACGUUAAAAAUAACGUUAAAAAUUUCCUCUAAAGUGAUGCAAGAGAAAGUGCCGGCGUUUUCUUUUUUGCUGUAUAGGGUAGAGCUGCCCCUCCCCCACUUGUUGCUUAGCACUUCUGGCCAGCUGCCUGAAAGGAGGCAAAAAGGUUUUUGUCAUCCUUACUAUCUAUCUAUCUAUCUAUAUCUAUA